AUGGCAGGUAUUCCCAAACUGGAGUAUGCCGUCAGGGAACAUUGCAAAUCUUCAUCAAAACUUAAAAUACACCAGCGAGUACACACAGGAGAAAAACCUUAUAGUUGUGAUCAGUGUGGCAAGAGUUUUACUAAGUCAAACAACCUGGUAUCACACCAGAGAACACACACAGGAGAGCAGCCAUAUAGCUGUAAGCAAUGUGGGAGGAGUUUUUCUCAGUCAAACAGCCUGGGUAGACACCAGAGAACACACACAGGAGAGAAGCCUUAUAGCUGUAAUCAGUGUGGGAAGAGUUUUACUCAGUCAAGCUCCCUGAAAUCACACCAUAGAACACACACUGGAGAGAAACCUUUUGGCUGUUAUCAAUGUGGGAGGAGUUUUACUCAGCUAAGCAGCCUGAUAGUACACCGGCGGGGACACACAGGAGAGAAACCUUAUAGCUGUAAUCAAUGUGGGAAGAGUUUUACUACAUCUAGCUAUCUAACUAUACACCAGAGAACACACACAGGAGAGAAACCUUUUGGCUGUGAUCAAUGUGGGAAGAGUUUUACUCAGCUAAGCAGCCUGAUAGUACACCAGCGGGGCCAUACAGGAGAGAAACCUUAUGGCUGUGAUCACUGUGGGAAGAGUUUUAUUCGGCUACAAACCCUGAAAUCACACCAGAGAAUACACACUGGAGAGAAACCUUAUAGCUGUAAUCAAUGUGGGAAGAGUUUUACUCAGCUAAACGGCUUGAUAUCACACCAGAGAACACACACAGGAGAGAAACCUUGUAGCUGUGAUCAAUGUGGGAAGAGA